GUGUAUGUUUGUAUUGUAUACACGUUUAUUUUGUUUUCAUCUCUAAACAAUUUCACUAAUUUUUGGUAACAGUAGCAGAGUUUAUAGUAGUGUGCAAUAGAGUUUGACGCAACUGUUUCUGAAUUUGUGAUUUGUUACUGUGUGCUCUAUUGAUUUUUUUUCUUAAACAAAAUGCCAACCACAGUGUCAGAAGAUUCCCGGUUCCAAGUAGAGCUUUCAAACGCUGGUUCCAAGUUGGUUGUGGUUGAUUUCUUUGCUACUUGGUGUGGACCUUGCCAUCAGAUUGCUCCUGUAUUUGAAACUUUGAGUCGUCGUUAUACUAAUGCAAUCUUCCUAAAAGUUGAUGUAGAUCAGUGUCCUCAAACUGCAUUAUCUCAGGGUAUCGUAUCCAUGCCUACAUUCCUUUUUUACAAGAACAAGAUGAAAUUAGGAGAAGUGAAAGGUGCCGAUGCAGCUGGUCUCGAAGCUAAAAUCAAAGAAUUAGGAGGUGGUGAAAGUGAUGAAGCUGCUGAAAGUGGAGCCCAAGGACAUGUAGAUCUUGUCAGUUUUAUCUGUAAGUCUGCUUGCGAGUGCUUGAAUGAUUCUGAUGAUCAUCCUUUUGCUAACUGUCUAUCAGCUGGAGAUGACUUCCUAGAAUCCGAUUGUGAUGAACAACUUAUUAUGUCUUAUGGGUUCAAUCAAGCUGUAAAAUUACAUUCUUUAAAAAUUUCAGCCCCUGAAGAAAAUGGUCCUAAAACACUGAAGUUAUUUAUAAACCAACCAAGAACAUUAGAUUUUGAUCAAGCUGAUUCAUCUGAACCUGUUCAAAUAUUAGAAUUGAAACCAGAAGAAUUGACUGGUGAACAGCUUAUACCAUUAAGAUAUGUUAAAUUUCAAAAUGUUCAAAAUUUACAGAUAUUCGUCAAAGAUAAUCAAUCUGGUGCUGAUACAACACAAAUAAAUCAUUUAGCAAUUAUAGGAAGUACAAUUUGUAUGACAAAUAUGAGUGAUUUCAAACGGGUUUCUGGGAAAAAAGGAGAAAGCCAUUAGUCAAACAAGAAGAAAUUGCUUCAAUUGCUUACUUAGUCAUUUUUCAUGAGCCUUUUCUAAUUAAAAAGAGUUGAACUGAUCAUUUGAAAACUUUUUGUGUUAAGAACACUUGACGAACAUGCAGUGAAAUUAUUUGAAAUAGUGCUAAGAUGUUUGUACUUUUGCAUUUAUAAAAGUUUAUUCAAAGAAUACACAACUAUUAUUACUCUUAAAUGUUUUGCUCAGCUUACUUAAUUUUAACUUUUAUGUCGAUCAAGAAAUAAGUUUUAUAUAUUUCGCAUUGUAAUAAGUAAUCAAAAAUUCUCAUAUAAAUUUGUCUUAAUAUUUAUUGCUUGUUACAUCAGAAAUUGGCUGUGCACCAUACAGACAUGUCAAUCUUCUCAUUUUUAGUAUGGACUUUCUUUGCUUGUUAAGUAAAUUACUAGCCCUGGUGCUUUAGAAAAUUAUCUCUAGUUUAACACUGGAUGGAAGUUUGCACAUUCCUUAAUGGUCUUUGAUUUAAUGAAUUUAACUGCCUAAAUUUUGAUAAAACUUGUUAAUUUUUGGUAAUUAAUUUCAGAUUCUUUAAUGUCAAGUUUGCUUAAAGUUACAAAAUAAUUUAUACGUUUUUAAUAAACGUAACUGCCCAUUAAUUUUAUCUAUUAAAAAAAUUAAUUCACAUUUAUAUAGUUUUUAAUUAUUUUCAUGUUAUUAUUUUUUUUUCUGUAUUUUUUACAACAAAAACUAGUGAAACAUGAAAGACAUAAUUUAGUUCAAAUAAAUGUCUGUUAACCCUUUCCCGCUUGCUUGCAUCAAAAUUACGAGCUGAGCUUUCACCUGCUAUUUCUCUGGCCUGUGAUAUUUCCAGGUUAGAAUGCACAAAGUUCAAGCUAAAAAAAGUCCCCCCCUUCCCCCCCCCCAAAAAAAUGUAUAUAGUGGACUCGCUUUGGGUGAACACUCCCCAAUGUGAACAACGUGAUAUUCUGAAAACAUUUUGAUGCUCCCCCCCCUCCAACACAUAAGCAUUAUCUAGUCUCCCUCUCUAAUGAACACCCCCAUAAUUUAAAUGUGCUUGUUUGUUCUUAUGCAUGUUCAGAAUAGAGAGAAUUUACUAUUUUGUACAAACCCCUUUAUUUAUAUAAUUUUCUUGAAAAAACAGACACUUUUCUCAGCUUUUUUUUUUUUUUUUGACAGUAACAUCUUUAAGGAGUUUAUUCUGUAAACUUUUUUCGGAAGCUCUUUUUGUUUUCUUUUUAAUUUAUAAUUAAUUUAAAACAAAUUUGGCAAGUUAAAACUAUUGAAACCUUCUAGUAGUACUCGACUGAAUGUAUUUUGCAUUAAAAUGUUUAUAAAAUAAAUGCUUAAUAUAUUUAUUAAAAAAAUUAAAUUUUUCUAACAAAUUAAGUGAAGAAGUAGAAACAUUGACGUAUUUGUGCAAAUUCACUUCAUCAUAUUUUUUCUUUUUAACUUCGAUACUCUUUUAUUACUAAAAUCCUAACUUGAUCAAAUACUUUUUAAUUGAUUGUUUAUCCAUAUAAUUAUUCCCCAAUUUGUUCAAAAUUUGGUUUUGUUGUCUUUUAUGCUUUUGAUUUUAAAUUGUAAAACUAAAUUAAUAUUUUAAAUUUUUAUGUAAAAAUAUGCAUUUUGUAGCUCUUUUUUUUUUUUUGUCAGUAAAAAAAUUUUUGGUACUUUUAAGAUCAUUAGAGUAGAAUUUCUAUGCAUGUGUAACAUUUACAAAAUUCAAUACUUUGCCUAUUGUAAAAGUAAGAAUAAUUGUAAAAUUAAACUGACAGGAAAUGACAAACAUAAAUAAUGAUCAUAAUUAGGUAUAGUAAUCUUAAAAUUGGUUAGAAGAAAGAAAUUUAACUUUUUGACAUUGAUAACAAGUCUACUAUGUGCUUUUAACUCCCAUAAUAAAAUUUUAGUGAUGCAUUGCAUGUUUGCUGGAGCUUGGUAGCAAAAUCUUUAUCCGUCAGGAAGUCUUUUUUUUUUGUUAACAAAGUCUUUACGAAGAAUGUUCUUGUAUUCCUGCACAUAAAAAAAUAAACAUUAAGUCAAUUUCCAAAGUAAAAUGGUAAACAUUACUUGGAAGUCUGUCUGCCAAUUGCAAAGAAUGAGGAAAAUGAUUGAGAUAACUAGUGAUAGGUCCUAAUUUUCAAUUUUGAAGGUUGGCAUAUCUGUUUGUGGUUUCUAUGAAAAAAAAAGUUGGUCAAAUGAACUUUAACCAAUUGUCAGAUCUUCUGUAUUGUUGCAUACUGUUUGAACAUUAUUAAAAAAUGGACUUGGU